AUGCCUCCACCAAACAUCACACCCUCGGGCAAAGAGGAACCCGACUUACACUGCCUGACCAUCCGCGAGCUGGAACUCCUCUCACGCGACCGCAUGGACAAGCAGACUCGGGACUACUACAACGAAGGCGCCGACGACGGUACCACGCUCAACGAAAACCAGACAGCCUAUAACAAAUACCGGAUCCGGCCUCGCGUGCUCCGCGACAUCUCGGUCAUCGACACAUCCGUCAACAUCUUUGGCCAGAAGAACAGUGUGCCCAUCGGCGUCGCUCCCACCGCCAUGCAGCGGCUCGCGCACACGGAUGGCGAGGUCGCCACUGCACGAGCGUGCAAGUCGAUGAAUGUCAUCAUGGGCUUGUCCUCCUUCUCCACCUCUACCCUCGAGGAAGUAGCCGAGGCGAACGGCCCAAACGCCCGCAUCCGCAACCAAUUCAAGUUGCCUAACCACCUCAAGAUCGCCAACUUCCUCGCCCAAGAAGAAUCUGGCUCGGCGGAGGACCACAUGCACCCAUCCGAGUCCACUCCUUCCUCAGAUCCGAAGCACUGGGCCGAAACAUCCAAGCCCUACCCACAGAACAAGUCACCUUCCAAGGCUGGCUAUCACGACGGCACGCAGCGUGUCCUGCCAACUGGCCCCGUGACAUUCCACACACACGCCGCGAAUCCGACACUCAACUGGGAGGAGUCCAUCCCUUGGAUCCGCAACGAGGUCAAGGACUCGGAUAUGCAGGUCUGGGUCAAGGGCAUUGCGACUGCGGAAGACGCUCUGCUGGCGGUCCAUCAUGGCGUAGACGGCAUUGUUGUUUCGAAUCACGGCGGACGGCAGCUGAACGGUGCGCUCGCUACAUUGGAUGCGUUGCCUGAGGUGGUCGAGGCGGUGAAGGGUAAAGUCCCAAUUCACGUGGACGGCGGCAUCAGGCACGGGACGGACGUCUUCAAGGCGCUGGCACUUGGUGCGGACUUCGUUUGGAUCGGCCGUCCGGUGUUGUGGGGACUGGCGUACAAGGGCGAGCAAGGCGUGAGGCUGGCACUGCAGCUGCUGAGUGCGGAGUUCCGACUGUGCAUGGCGCUGGCCGGGGUGACGAAGGUACAGAAUAUUGGGAAGGAGUACUUGGUCAGGAUGAAUAGGGAUGGAUUUCCCAGCAAGCUGUGA